AUGUACAAGGUGUGGAAGGUGUUCCACAGGGAUGCUGGCCCCAUGUUGACUCUACAAGUCCUCACCACAGUCCUCACCACAGUCCUCAACACAGUCCUCCCUACAGUCCUCACCACAGUCCUCACCACAGUCCUCACCACAGUCCUCAACACAGUCCUCCCCCCAGUCCUCCCUACAGUCCUCCCCACAGUCUUCACCACAGUCCUCUCCAGUCCUCCCCACAGUCCUCACCACAGUCCUCACCACAGUCCUCCCCACAGGCCUCCCCACAGUCUUCCCCACAGGCCUCCCCACAGGCCUCCCUACAGUCCUCCCUACAGUCCUCCCCACAGUCCUCCCCACAGUCCUCAACAUAGUCCUCCCCACAGUCCUCACCACAGUUCUCCCCACAGGCCUCCCACAGUCCUCCCCACAGGCCUCCCCACAGUCCUCCCCACAGGCCUCCCCACAGGCCUCCCCACAGUCCUCACCACAGUCCUCCCACAGUCCUCCUCACAGGCCUCCCCACAGUCCUCCCCACAGGCCUCCCCACAGGCCUCCCCACAGUCCUCCCCACAGUCCUCCCCACAGGCCUCCCCACAGUCCUCCCCACAGUCCUCCCACAGUCCUCCCCACAGUCCUCCCCACAGUCCACACCACAGUCCUCCCCACAGUCCUCACCACAGUCCACACCACAGUCCUCACCAUAUCCAACCCUGGGCCUCAGUUCCAAUAGCCCCAACAGUACCAACAGUCCUGGGCCUCACCCCAACAGAUCCAACCCCGGGCCUCAGUUCCAACAACCCCAACAGUUCCAACGCUGGGCCUCAGUUCCCACAGUUCCUACCCUGGCUCUCAGCUCCAGCCCCGGGACUCAGCUCCAGCCCCGGGACUCAGCUCCAGCCCAGGGACUCAGCUCCAACCCCAGGACUCAGCUCCAGCCCCAGGACUCAGCUCCAGCCCCAGGACUCAGCUCCAGCCAAGGACACAGCUCCAACCCAGGGACUCAGCUGCAACAGUUCCAACCCCGGGACUCAGCUCCAACAGCUCCAACCCUGGGACUCAGCUCCAACCCCAGGACUCAGCUCCAACAGCUCCAACCCCGGGACUCAGCUCCAACCCCAGGACUCAGCUCCAACAGCUCCAACCCCGGGACUCAGCUACAACCCCGGGACUGGGCCUAACCCUGGUCCUAAGCUCAAACCCUGGUUCUCAGCUCCAACUCUGGGCCUCAGCUCCAACCCUGGGCCUCAGCUCCAACCCCGGGCCUCAGUCCCAACCCCAGUUCUCAGUUCCAACAGUCCCAACCCCAGUUCUCCCAAAAGUCCCAAACCCGUUCCCAACCCCUGGGCCUCAGCUCCAGUUCCAAACCCGGGACUCAGCUCCAACCCGGGACUUCCAACCCUGGGCUCAGUUUCAACAAUGGGCCCCAACCCCGGGACUCAGUUCCAGCCCCAGGACUCUCACCUCCAACCCCGGGACCAGCCCCUGGGCCUCAGUCAGCUCCAACCCCAGUUCCAACCCUCAGCCCAGUUCAAGGGGACACAGCUCCAGCCCAGGGACUCAGCUCCAACAAGUUCCAGCCCCAGGACUCAGCUCCAAGGACACAGCUCCAACCCUGGGACUCAGCUGCAACAGUUCCAACCCCGGGACUCAGCUCCAACAGCUCCAACCCCGGGACUCAGCUCCAACCCCAGGACUCAGCUCCAACCCCGGACUCAGCUCCAACCCCAGGACUGGGCCUAA